AUCAUCACCCUCCCUACUCUGUGGCGGCCCUCAGAUUCAUGAUGCCGCUCCAGCGCUAGCGCCGAUUGCUCAGCACCUCUAAACCUUUCAUCCCAGCCACUAAACCAUUCUUAUCGUCAGUAUUUUGGAGACAUUCCCAGCUUCUCCGCUCCCCUGCACUUGUUCUUCCAAUACAUCUCAUCCAGACAGUCUUGCCCAAUCCUACGCCUCCCAAAUCUGGACGAAUACAAUUCCACAAUCAGUCCUGGACAUUUGCGUCCAAUCCGCGCUGUGUCCAAGAACAACCAUCAUGUCUGACGCAGACUAUCAACGCCUGCCAUGACCGCGAUGUUGGCCGAAAAGGAUGCUGAGGUGGAGAAGCCGCAGACUCCCGCAAGCUGUGACGCCACAGCGCCACAGCAACAGCAGGCACUGCAUGUUCAGGAACCCUUCCAGGAAGCUACUCACAGACCCCGGGACGAGGCUCAAAGACAGAACCGCUGGAAGAUCUGGCACAAGUGGACCGACGGCUCCGACUCAAGCUGGUGGUUCGCUUCUACGGGCAUUCCUCUGCUCGCUGCAUGCCUUGGGCCUUUAGCAAACGUCUCUUCAAUCGCUGCUCUAGUCACCAGCUGGCGACAAAACAACUAUCUGGAUGGCGGAUUUGUCUCAGAUCUUUUCGGAGUGCCCUACGCAGAUCCAAGAUGGUGCUACUGGCUCAACGUCGUAUCACUGAUCUGUGGCUUUCUCGGGAACGUCUUCCUGCUCUGCAACUUCACGCAAAAGAUCCGCUAUGUCAUCGCGCUUCCUACGACAAUCAUUUUCUGGUAUAUCAGCUCUGGGCUCUUGACAGCAAUCACGGCAUGUAUGGAGGUCUACGCACCGCCGAACAGACCAUACGAGAUUUACACCCAGGGCUAUUGGUAUGCGGUUGCUGCGGCCGUGUUUUACUUCGUCUGUUCUGUGCUGCUGAUGGUCAACAUGCUCGGCUACCAUCUCGGACACUACCCGGAUCACUUUGCCUUGAGCGACAGUCAGCGCACGCUAAUCUUGCAGACCAUGUUCUUCUUCAUCUGGAUCGCUGGUGGGGCAGCCAUUUAUUCGAGAAUACAGACUGAUGCCGGGGAGGAUCAAUGGACUUUCCCGAACUCGCUUUACUUUUGCUAUGUCACAAUCUUGACCGUGGGAUUUGGCGAUCUGGUCGCUACUACUGAUCUGGGUAGGGGUCUUCUCUUUCCCUAUUCAGUAGGUGGCAUCAUAACCCUUGGGCUCAUUGUCUCUUCACUGUACCGUGCUGCGCGAGAACUGGGCGAAGACCACAUCGUGCGGAAAGACAUUCGGCGUAGACGAGAGCAGGCUCUCGAAUUGACUGCUACAAAUUCUGAGGACUAUAGACACCGCCAGCGUCAGCUUGUGCGUCGAAGCACAUUCGGCAGGUUGAAGAUCAGCGCGCCUUCUCAGCCAAGACCAUAUCGCACUGCAAUGGGCAACAACGUACAGCACACCUCGUCGUUCUCACGCAGCUUCGGUGUACCGCCAAGAGUGGAUCGGAAAUCACGUAUACUACUUCUUAAAGAGGAGAAGGAUCGGUUUGAUGCGAUGCGCAGGAUUCAAGCUGACAGCGAAAGGUUCAAGAGAUGGAUGAAUCUUAUUUGGUCGGUCACCACGUUCCUGAUUCUGUGGUGCAUUGGAGCCGUUGUCUUCUGGCAAACAGAGCGAGGCAUACAGGGCAUGACUUACUUCCAAGCCUUGUACUUCUGUUACAUUUCUCUGUUGACGAUCGGAUACGGGGACCUGUCACCCAAGUCAAACCCUGGUCGCUGUUUCUUCGUGAUCUGGAGUCUGAUCUCGGUGCCAACGAUGACGAUACUUGUCUCCGAUCUGGGAGACACGGUCGUUGCGAAGUUUAAGAAGUGGAGCAAUAUCGUAGCAGACUUUACAAUCCUUCCGAAACGAGGCAUCUGGCAACCAUUGGUGGACAAGCAUCCCUGGCUGCAACAGCGUAUCCAAGAUCGUAAGGCCAAACGACGCAUCAGGGAAGGCUUUGCAACAGCAGACCCAAAUGCUGGAAGCGGAGCCGAUGAUGAUAACAAUGUGGAGGCUGCUGCCGACACACUACAAGCAACAGCUCUCAACAUCACGAGCCUGGCUGCGGAAGCAGAAACAGAUCUCACGCAAGCACCUACCCAAGCCUCCCUAUCCCGCCGUAUUGCUCUCAGCAUCAAAAAAGUCUCCUCUGACCUCCGUCUCGACAAGCCAAAACGUUAUUCGUACGAAGAAUGGGUCGAGUUCACGCGGCUCAUCAGAUAUACAACACCCAGACGCCUUAAUCGGGUUCUGGGAACAAUGCUCACAAACGAGACUGAGAAUGAGGAAGGACUUGUGAACUGGGACUGGCUGGGCGAACACAGCCCGAUGGUUGCAGGCGUCAGUGAAAGCGAAUGGCUUCUCGAGCGUCUGGUCGAGAGCUUGAUCAGAUUGGAGAAGAGACGGGAGAUUGCUUGCGAUCAUGGGGAUAUCGUCGGAAUCAGGGAUAUGGAAGUGCGGCUUCAAUUGUCCACCCUCGACGCCCACGGCCACGAUGCAGGCAGCACAAACCCAAGCCCAUAUAAGAACUAAGAGCUAACGAACUUACAACAGUUAUGGUAGCCGACCAUCAUCCUUAGCGCCAAUCAGAUCAGCCGCUCGCGCGUGCUUAUGCAGGGACCGAUCACCCUGCGGCUGAGCCUGUCACGAGUCCAGUCCAUGAAUCUGGAAGUACGUUGCCGUACCACCAUCGUCGUCAUACAUCAGCAUUCAAUCGACGUAUCAUAUCUGGGGAUGUCUAAAGAUAGAAUGCGGGGACUGAGACAUGGUCAUAAAAAUUUCCUGUCCAAGCACAGGUACCCGUAUCUGACUUGUAUACGGGCCCUGCACGACA